AUGGACCUUCAAGGGCUCCUCGCGCUCCUGCAGGACAACCAGGCGGCCGUGGUGACCGCGGCGCUCGCGGUGCUGCUGCUCGUCACGCUCCUGGGCCUCGGGGGCGGGAAGAAGCACCUCCCGCCGGCACUGGACCCCAGCGAGUGGAUCCUGCUGCCGCUAGUCGAGAAACGGAGUCUCAACCACAACACUUUGUUCAUGAGGUUCGGCCUCAGCGACCCGAAGCAGCCGCUCGGGCUGCCGAUCGGGCAGCACAUUCUGCUGCGCGCCGUGGACCAGGCCGGGGCGCCGAUCCGCGACGACAAGGGGCUGAUUGCGCGGUCGUACACGCCGACGUCGCCGCAGGGCGUCACGGGCCACGUGGACUUCGUGAUCAAGGUCUACCCGCAGGGCCGCAUGACGCAGCACCUCGACAAGAUGAAGGAGGGGGAGGUGUUGCAGUUUAAGGGCCCCAAGGGGGAGUUCGAGUAUGAGCCAAACAUGUGCCGCGAGAUCGGGAUGGUCGCGGGCGGCACGGGCAUCACGCCCAUGUACCAGGUCCUGCAGGCUGCGCUGGCGGACAAGCGCGACCGCACGAAGUUCAGCCUCAUCUUCGGCAACAUCACCGAGCAGGACAUCCUCCUGCGCGACGAGCUUGAGGCCAUGGCGCGGGAGCACGCGACGCGCUUCAAGCUGCACCUGGUGCUGGACCGGCCGCCAGAGGGGUGGAAAGGCGGAUCGGGCUACGUGACGGCCGAGAUGGCCAAGGCGCACCUUCCGAAGCCCGCAGGGGACGUCAAGGUGCUGCGGUGCGGGCCGCCGGGGAUGAUGGCGGCGCUGAAGGGGGUGUUCGAGGAGGUGGGGUACUCUCCCGACAGCCAGUUCCAGUUCUGA